GGGGUGGAAGGGGAGGAGUGGAAAUCAGCGCCUUGUCUGGACUGGUCCCUUUGGAGGAAGAGGCUGUGAGGGGAGCCUGUGGCGUGUCAGCCGCAGGGCUCAAGAAAACUUACCUACGGUCCCUGCCUCCCUACCGCCAGCACCCCUCAACCUAGGCCUGGGGAUCUGGGGGCUGGAGCUGCCCUGGAGAGGGUGCAGACUCUGGUUCUAUGCCCCGGGUAAGCGCCGUAAGGUAGGAGUCCAAGCGGGAGGUGGUGGGUGAAUCUCCAGCUCCCUCCUCCCUCAUUUCACUCCCCACCCCCAUCCUUCUCUUUAAUCAUUAACAGCCCUGGAAUUAAGGGGCUCAGACCUGAAGGCCUUUCUAUGCACCUUUGCUACAAACGAUAACCAUCUGUGCCUGAGGUAAUGGGGCUGGAAGCUUUGCCCGUGUCCUGUAUAGGAAGUGGUACGGGGUGACAAAUGUAUUGUUUUUUUUCCAUUCCCUUUCACCCCUUUUCUUCUCCCAUAUACACCCCUCGUUUCCACUUCAGUUCUCUGUGGCUAGGUGGUAAUCAUGGUGGUUUUUCUUUUUUCUUUCUUUUUUCCCCCCCUUUAUGUCACUUGGUACCUUGAUUACCUCUUUCGAAUUUGGUGUUCAGCCUUUAUCCCAGAUCUUACUGCAAGCUUUGUAAUACUUCAGUUACAGGCUGUGUCACAUUGGGAGUACCUCUGAAUGCCUGGUAGCUCCAAAUUAAGAUGAGCAUUUUCUCCUAUGAAUACUGGAAUUCCUAAGGCCUUGCAAGGAUUCCUAAAUGGCAUCAUAGCCCAGGAAUCAAAGUCUCUUGUUCUAAAUACUUUAUGUGUGAGGAAUUUACAUGUUGUCAACUCUUUCCAAAAUGAUUUGAUGUUAGGCUAAUUCUGGAUUUCUGUGUUUCUCUCCACCCACACUUCAUGAUGCACUUCAGAGAACAGAAAACCCCGUAUUACUUUUUUGUUUCUGCAGUUGGACAAUAGGUUUUUAAUCUUUUUCUACAUUUGUUGGUCACACAAGUCUUCAGUGGCACAUAUGAUUUGUGCUGAUUUCCAUCUUAUUUAGCUGAUUCUUUGUGUAUAGGUGGUCUUAAAUGAGAAAAUGUGUGUUGUUUUAAAGAAGAAUACAAACCAAUAACGGAUGUGCAAAAAUUAUUUGAACAAGGCAGAUAAUGACUGGAAAGAUCUCUUUAUGGAUGUUCUCUUGGCUUAAAAAAAAAAAAUCAAGUAGUGCUCUUUUAGCUUGUCUUAGAAGUUUUAGAGUGAAAUGUAAGAAUUCCUAUUUUGGUGUUGAUAUUUUCUUUGGAAAUCUGUUGAAUGUUGAACUGUGUUUUCUGAAGAACUUUAAUAGAUAGUGCCUAAAUAUUAGAGAUCCUUUGAUUAGAAAGUGUCCAUAAAUCCGGGCCCUCUAUAACUGAGUUUAUAUGCAUAUUGCUAGGAGAAUUAUCAUAACGGGUCCCAUCCGACUCAUUAGGGCUUUCAAGCCUGAUAAAACAGAAUAUUUAAUGCCUUGAUUGUGCAAGUAACAGCUUGUUUAUGUGUUUCACAGAACUGUAACAAAAAGAAUGACUACUGUUCUCACCUUAAUUGAUUUGGAACCAUUGUAUAAAAAGUCCAAAAUUCAUUCAUUCAGCAAGCAUUAUUGACGAGCAAGUACUGUUGGACUGUUGGCAAUUAAAAAAAAAAAAAGUUGCCCUGCUGAGAGUGGGAGAGGAGCCGUCUGUGGUCACCUGGGUCUUUUCUGGCAGAUAAAUGUCAAGCUGUGUUCAGAAUUCAACAAAAUGUUCAACUGAGAGCACACUUUUUCUCCUUAGAGGAUUUUGUCUUAUGUUGAUACCAGUGAACCAGGAUCAGUUCUCCCUAAAUGUUGCACAGUGUUCUGAAGCUCUUUGUACAAAGGACCAGUGAGUUUGAGGGCAAAAAACAAAGCUGAUCUCUAGUUAACUAAUUUUCAAUUUGUGACUACUGAAUUCCUCAGAAGGAGACUGAAAAGUGCACAGGUGAUGUGGUAAUUGGGUGUUUGAGGACUAAUCAACCACAAUCAGGUUGGCUAGCUCCUCUGGCUGAUGGCAUGUUGAGGCACAUGGGCCAGUGGCAGCGAGGGCAUCUGAUCCAGAGGGGGCCACUCUAGAGGCCAGGCCACCAGCACCAUGGGCCAGUGUGUCACCAAGUGCAAGAAUCCCUCAUCAACCCUGGGCAGCAAGAAUGGAGACCGUGACCCCAGCAGCAAGUCACACAGCAGGCGGAGUGCAGGCCACCGCGAGGAACAGCCACCAGCCUGUGGCAAGCCAGGUGGGGAUAUCCUUGUCAAUGGGACCAAGAAGGCAGAGGCUGUCACCGAACCCUGCCAGCUGCCAACGUCCUCUGGAGAUGCUGGGAGGGAGCCCAAGUCCAAUGCCGAGGAGUCUUCCCUGCAGAGGUUGGAAGAACUGUUCAGGCGUUAUAAGGACGAGCGGGAGGAUGCAAUUUUGGAGGAAGGCAUGGAGCGCUUUUGCAAUGACUUAUGUGUUGACCCCACGGAAUUUCGAGUGCUGCUCUUGGCUUGGAAGUUCCAGGCUGCUACCAUGUGCAAAUUCACCAGGAAGGAGUUUUUUGAUGGCUGCAAAGCAAUAAGUGCAGACAGCAUUGAUGGGAUCUGUGCACGGUUCCCUAGCCUCUUAACAGAAGCCAAACAAGAGGAUAAAUUCAAGGAUCUCUACCGGUUUACAUUUCAGUUUGGCCUGGACUCUGAAGAAGGGCAGCGGUCACUGCAUCGGGAAAUAGCCAUUGCCCUGUGGAAACUAGUCUUUACCCAGAACAAUCCUCCAGUAUUGGACCAAUGGCUAAACUUCCUAACGGAGAACCCCUCGGGGAUCAAGGGCAUCUCCCGGGACACUUGGAACAUGUUCCUUAACUUCACUCAGGUGAUUGGCCCAGACCUCAGCAACUACAGUGAAGAUGAGGCCUGGCCAAGUCUCUUCGAUACCUUUGUGGAGUGGGAAAUGGAGCGAAGGAAAAGAGAAGGGGAAGGGAGAGGUGCACUCAGCUCAGGGCCCGAGGGCUUGUGUCCCGAGGAGCAGACUUAGUGGCUCUAUCCCAGGAGCAGCGGCAGCAGCCGCAGCAAGGAUCUGCCUGCUGCUCUGUAGCCAACUGAGGGAUUGGACCUUUCUGGAAAUUACUGAAGAUCCAGAUAUUUUCUACUUUACACCUUUCUCUGCCUUGUAUCUGAAAGGGCUCUAAAAUGCUGUAUCAUGUUUUAGGCACUUUCUUCACUUUUUGGUUAUUUUGGUUAUUUCUUUUUUGGGGGGGGUUCCCCCAAAAUAUUUGAACCUGGCUACAUGUUGUGUAUCUUUUUUUUGAAGCCUUCAGAUAGAAUAAGCCUGCCAUUUCUUGCACAAAUUAGAUUAUUAUUUUUUUUUUUUUUGUGGGGGAGGGUAUAGAGCAGGGAGGGGGGAAUGGGAUGGUUAGGUUGAAUUAACAUUACAAGAUGAUACAGUGCCAGAUCUCAGUUUUGCAUAUUCUGUUUUUCAGGGCAGGUCUGUACUGUGUGUAGUGCUGUUUACAUGGUUGGAUUUAGGUUAUAAUAAUUAUUUUAAAAGAUUUACACAGAAUUGAAUAGCAGUGUUAACUGUUAACCAUAUUGCAUUAAUUCCCAGGCGAUUUAAAGCUCUUGGAGAGCCAAGGCCAGCCAAGAGCAUUUGUAGUCUGGUGACAACCCCCUUUUAAGCUAUUUUAUCCGAACCCCUUUUUUCCACUUCUUGCUCAUUCCUUCUUUGACCUAUUUCAUUUCAUGUUGCAUUUAUCCAUCAACAUGCUGCACCUGUCAGUCAAGUGAGCAGUUUUUUUAUACCACAUUGUACUGAGAACCACUUAAGCAUUGAAUGCAGAGAAAGCAGUGCUACCUCAGUUUUGCUGGAAGUAGACUUUGAUAGUUUUCUUUUUUUUUUUUUUGAUGAAUAUUCUGUAUUUUCAUGUUGUAGGUGAAAAUACUUUUUUUUUUUUUUUUUUCAUUUGCCUUGGAGCCAAAGUUUCUGUUCCUGGUGGUCGGAAAACUGUGCCUGCCGGCCAACUGACUUGAAGGAAAACUGUGGUAUGGAGCUCUGCUUGAAUUUUUUUUAAUUUUUUUUAUUUUUUUUAAUUUUUUUUGAUUAUCAUCAGCUUACUUGUCUGGCAAGUGCAGAAGCCUGGGACUGGCCUGAACUCUGCCAAACAAAUAUAGAAGUGUAUUUAAUAGUUAAACUUGUGCCCUUUCCCUUCUUGCUGCACCCAUGUUGUCACUUAAUCCCCAGGAGUUAUUUAUUACCUUCUUUGUUAAUGUCAAGCUCAUUUGGGGUAAUGUGAUAACUGUUUAGGUUUACAUGACCCUCCUCUCUUUUUCCCUACCCCCAAAUAUGUAUAUAUACAUAUAUAAGAUAUGUAUAUAUUUUACCUAUAUAAAAUAUAUAUAUAUACACAUAUAUGUAUCUAUAUUCCUUUAUUUCUUUGCCUGCUAAAACUGGCCAUAAAAGAGGGAGCUGCCUUCAAUAUAUAAAGCAUAAGAAGAGUGCCAGGGAAUGUCAUAAAUGGAGGCUUUUGAAUCUGAAUUUGGACCAUUUUCACUAAAGAGAAGAUGAAUUUUCUCAGCCCUUUCCUCAUACGAGGGCGGGCCAGUUCCCCAGACUCCUCCACGUGCUUGCUCCAUAAGGUCUGCUUUGGCCAUACUGCCACACGGGAGCUGACUCUGGUCCUACCCAGUUUCAGUAGAGGGUCCUCUUGUUAUUUUUCCUUUUAAAAAAACAGCCUCAAAAAACUGUACUGGAAGGGUGGGUGGCAGGAACUUGUAUAGUUCAGCUUCCAACACUUUGGAAUAGAUUGAAAAGGGAAUCUUUUGAAUAAAAACUUUUAAAAUAUUUAUACUCUUGAGGUAAUGAGAGUUUGUCUAUUAAACAUUUGGAGUUUUCUUCCCUAACUACUCCCAUCUGCCUCCCAGGUAUGUUUCUCAGCCUGGGCAGAAUUUGCUUAUUUUGAGUUCCUUUAUUAGUAGCCUAUGGCUCCAGGCUCCCAUCUUUCCAAAGAGGAUUAUUUAAAGAGUUUCUGCGGUCGAUGUUUUCUAAGAUUGACAAUGACCUAGGAAAUGUACUUGGGGGGUUGAUUUUUUUUUUUUUUUUAAAGCCCCAUAAACCUUACAGUUGCUUCUUCUAGAGGACUAGAAGGGAAACUUUCAAAUCAGCCACAGCAAGUUAGCAGUACUGCUGGAAAGCUGAAGAGGGUCUCAGGCCAGAUGUCUGGCUUUUGUUCUAGCCUAAGACACAAGUUCCUUGAAUAAAGAGAGUUUCUAGGGGCCCAUUAGGUUUUGUGGGCUCAACUGUAGUCAGGGUGCCCAGACUGAGGUCUUAAAGGGGGAAAUGCCUUUUCAUCCAGCCAGUCUGCGACCUCUAGUUUUUCCUGAUUCUGGACUGGGUCAAGGUUGAAAAGGGAGAAAGGCAGGCUGCCUCUCCUAGUCCGGUAAGGCUCUCUUCUUAGAUGACAAGGGUAUAUGGAGAGAAGUGCACAAAAGAGGGAGGCACUGAGGAUCCUGAGGACUCUGGAGAAACUGGAUUCCUUUCCCAGCCUACAAGGUAGCAUUCCAUGCAUGAGGUGUACUAGACUGGGUGGAUUUUGUAAAUUAACUAUUCAGCCUCCCCACCCCCCAGAAAAGGGCCAGUAAAGAAAUUAUUUUUGGUUAUAUUUUUAAUGAUGUAUUUGUUACAGAAAUGCAAAUGAGAAACCAGAAAAGGGAGCCGUUAGGGAAGGACUUAAAGGGUCCUUCCAGGUUUGACUUCAUGAUGCAAGGAAUUCCAAGCUUCCACAGUAGCUCUGCGCCAAUACUUGACUACAGGAAAAGCAGUUUUGCAGAGGGAUUGAAGAUGGGUGUGUAUGUAGGAUUUGUAGUCAUUUCUGGGAAGUGAAAGGUCUCUGGUCCUUUUAACCUAGAAACAGGUCUUCUGUUUAAUGGGUGAGCAGUAAUUGGAAGAGGCCAAAUGCGUGCCCCUCAGGUAAGCCAGUGCACUCUUCACUUUAACAAUGUAACACCAGGGUGGUGUGAAGAGGGGCAGGAUAUGGAUGCAAUUUUGAAAAUAGGCAAAUAUCUGAGGGUAACUACAAUACAUUGAAUACGUAUUGGGAAAUUCUUGGUUUUCAGCAAAUGGCUGAGUUUGUGGUUAGUGAUUAGAAAGCUGUAUGAGAUGAAGUGUUGCUUCAUUGAAAUGCUCUUCCCCCAUCCCUGCCAUAUUUGAAUGUAUCAUUAACCCCACCUAUUGUAAUGACUUUGCUGUGCUUCAGCUGGUUGCCUCAACAGUGUUUCCUCAUCUGUGCCAGAUGUGCUCACAUCUGUGAGAUGUGAGAUAGGUCCCAGACACCAUGUCUACCCUUCCAAUAAGAAGUAUUAGAGCUGGGUAAAGAUCCCAAUUUCAACCAAGCCCACAGGCCCAAAGAAAUCCAACUGAAAACGUACAGGGCAGUGUUUUUGACAUUAAAACUUUCCUAAGGAAGGCACAAACUAGCCUUCUUAGAAAGGAAGAAGGGAUUAAGCCACAAAGUAUUUAAUCAGUCUUUGAAACAGUCUUGAUUUCCCAGAGGCUGAUGCCAAAUUCAGCCCUCAUUGCUGGAGCCUGUAGGAUGUGGGACUCCAUAGUUCGUGUGAUGGCCUCAAAUACUAUACACUAUGCCAAAUUGCAUUAAAUAGUGGGAAAUUACUGGGAUAAGGACUUGGGUCUAAAAGUUGAAGAACCAAAAUAUCUGUAUUUAAGACUUUGGUUUGCCACAUUUAAAGUGAAGUCUUGAGUGUAGUGAAGCCCAGAAGUAGACCCAAUUAUGCAAUUAUAAGGGCUGGAGAGAAGAUGCUGCUAGGUUUGUUUUGUUUUAGCUGCCUGCUUUCGCCUUUUUCUUGUGUCUCUAAUGUUUGAUUAGUGAUGACUUGAACAUCUUGGCAACUGACAAAGGUCUUCAGUGGUGGACUCUAGCAGUAUCUUGUUUAGAAAGGACUAUUAAAAGUUAGUAUACAGUACGAUGAGACUCACUUGAGGACAUUCACAUUGAUCCUCAACUUACUCCAUAAUCUGUUUUUUGAAUCUUAUAGGGUGGUUCCCACUCACCCCUUUCAGAAUUUAUUCCUAUAAGCUGUAAUUAUAGCAUAUAUCCAGUUUAAUCUGGACUGGGGGCUGUGUUUUAGUGAGGAUCUGCAGAUGUUUUUUCUUACUGAAAGACAGACUUGAGCACUGGUUGCAGACGCCAAGAUGAUUUAUAUAGCUUUGAGUAACCGUCAGGUACUGCGGCAUCACAUCCUCCCUAUUCCUCUUGGAAACUAAGCCUGCUUUCAUAGAUACCUUUUUCCACCAUGCACCUUCCCUUCUUUCAAUAUAAUCUUGGAUAAUGCCAAAGGAAGCCAUUCAACAGAAGCACACCUCCCCCCCGCCCACCGCCCCUGCCAUUUAUUCUGGGGGAAGUAUCUUCCCUCUGACUCUGGUCCCCAGCCCCGAAACUGUAAUAAACUCCUCUUACCUGUUGCACUAAUGAAUAGAAUUCUAGGUUUCAAAGGGGGGAAUUUGAAGCAAUAGGCAAAUGGGGCUUGGAUGAAUUGGUCCUACAGAUACCCUGCCUUAACCCACUGAGGUGAUGAGUCCACUACUCAUGUGACCCUCCACCUUUGUGGAUUCCUCUUGGUUUGUGACCAGUCUGUCUGUUUCUUGAGGUUGUACAAACUUGUUGACAAAGGUCAAUACUUUUGUUUGUAUUCUCUGCACUGCUGCACUCUCCAAAUGGCCCCUUGAAUAUUUUUAACUUGUUACACACGUUUUGGUCUUUGUCUACAUUUUUCUUUUGAUGUUUUUGUUUUUUUAUUUGAAAGGUUACCUGCUGUUGGAUUUAAUAAAUUUGUUUACUUGA